AUGCCUCGUUCCUCUGCGAGCGACCGCCGCUUCGUCCUCGAGACGCUCGUCAACGGCCUGCAGCGCAUGGAGUACCGCGGGUACGACUCGGCCGGCCUCGAGAUCGAGGGCGACGACCCGAUGGAGCCGCUCAUCUUCAAGGAGGUCGGCAAGGUGCGCAUGCUCAAGGAGAAGGCCAUGAACGCCGACAUCGACAUGGACAAGAGCUACGUCAGCCAGACGUCCAUCGCCCACACUCGCUGGGCCACGCACGGUGUCCCGUCCGUCACCAACUGCCACCCCCACAAGUCUGACGCGCGCAAUGAGUUCACUGUCGUCCACAACGGCAUCAUCACCAACUACAAGGAGCUCCGCCUCGUCCUCGAGAAGCGCGGCUACAAGUUCGAGACCGACACCGACACCGAGGUCGCCGCCGUCCUCACCAAGUACCUGUUCGACUCGCAGAAGGGCAAGCAGAUCAGCUUCACGGCCUUGAUCAAGAGCGUCAUCAUGGAGCUCGAGGGCGCGUUCGCGUUCGUGUUCAAGUCGAUCCACUACCCGGACGAGAUCGUCGUCGCGCGCCGAGGCUCGCCCGUCCUGAUCGGCGUCAAGACGGAGAAGAAGCUCAAGGUCGACUUUGUCGACGUCGAGUUUGCCGGCGCGGCCGACGCCGACAAGGCGCUCGAGGAGGGUGCGGCGCCCGGUGCCGCCAACGGCCUGCUCGGCGUCCCCUCGGCGGCCAACCCGCACGGCGGCAAGCUCGUGCGCAGCCAGUCGCGCGCGUUCCUGUCCGAGGACGGCAUGCCCCAGCCGAUCGAGUUCUUCAUCGCGUCGGACGCGUCGGCCAUCGUCGAGCACACCAAGCGCGUCCUGUACCUCGAGGACGACGACAUUGCCCACAUCGCCGAGGGCGAGUUCCACAUUCACCGCCUGCGCAAGAACGAUGGCACCGUGUCGACCAUCCGCGCCAUCGAGACGCUCGAGAUCGAGCUCGCCGCCAUCAUGAAGGGCUCGUUUGACCACUUCAUGCAAAAGGAGAUCUACGAACAGCCCGAGUCGGUCGUCAACACGAUGCGCGGCCGCGUCAACUUUGACACGCACACGAUCACGCUCGGCGGCCUCCAGGCCUACCUCCACGUCAUCCGCCGCUGCCGUCGCCUCAUCUUUGUCGCCUGCGGCACCUCGUACCACUCGUGCCUCGCGACUCGCUCCAUCUUUGAGGAGCUGACCGAGAUCCCGGUGUCGGUCGAGCUCGCGUCCGACUUCCUCGACCGCAAGACGCCCAUCUUCCGCGACGACGUGUGCGUGUACGUGUCGCAGUCGGGCGAGACGGCCGACACGAUCCUCGCCAUGCGCUACUGCCUCGAGCGCGGCGCGCUGUGCGUCGGCGUCGUCAACGUCGUCGGCUCGACCAUCUCGCGCGAGUCGCACUGCGGCAUCCACGUCAACGCCGGCCCCGAGAUUGGCGUCGCGUCGACCAAGGCCUACACGUCGCAGUACAUUGCGCUCCUCAUGAUGGCGAUCCAGCUCGCCGAGGACCGCACGUCGAUGACGGCGCGCCGCAACGCCAUCAUCGACGGCCUGCACGACUUGCCCGGCCAGAUCCGCGCCAUCCUCCAGCACGACUCCGAGUUCCAGUCGCUCGCGCCCAUGCUCGCCAAGCAGACGUCGCUCCUCAUCAUGGGGCGCGGCUACCAGUACGCGACGUGCCUCGAGGCGGCCCUCAAGAUCAAGGAGCUGUGCUACGUCGCCGCCGAGGGCCUCCUCGCCGGCGAGCUCAAGCACGGCCCGCUCGCCCUCAUCGACGAGCAGAUGCCCGUCAUCCUCGUCAUGACCCAGGACUCAAUCUACCCCAAGGUCCGCUCGGCGCUCGAGCAGGUCAUUGCGCGUGGCGGCAAGCCCCUCAUCAUCGCCAACGACACGGACCGCAACCUCGACGACUCCAAGCACGGCGUGAUCCGGGUUCCGCAGACGGUCGACUGCCUGCAGGGCAUCAUCAACAUCGUCCCGCUUCAGCUGCUCUCCUACCACAUGGCCGUCGCAAAGGGCUGCAACGUCGACAUGCCCAGGAACUUGGCUAAGAGUGUGACAGUCGAGUAG